UGAACGUGGAGGGUCGGUUUUCGGAAUUGACCGUUAUAUGAUUUUUCGUACGCUGCAUUUUUCAUAGUAUAUGCGGGAAUUUCUUUUGGUAUCACAUGAGAUUGUUUUUCGUGCCUAGUUUGCUUGCUUGUUUGCUUGUUGUGUCCAGUAAGACUGGUAUGACACCUGUCCUGUCCGAUGAUAAUUUGUUUAUUAUCCGCUGAGUGUGGAUAGGUGAAAAAAAAAUUGGAGGUUUCUGUAUGUUCGUGAAAUGAGGUGAGACCAAUGAGGCUAGGGCUAAUUGGUGGCUGGAGCAAGUCAGCAGUGAUUAUUGCGGUGAAUUAUAGUGCAUUUUGUGGUGUCAAUUACUGUGAUUGAUAUUAAAAUGUUUCCCUGAAAUUUAAUUGUAGGGUUCACGUAUCACGGUGAGCGGUCUGUGGACACCUACCUGUAAUUACUGGCUAGUGGGAUUUAAAUAAAGGUUUUUCUAGAGCAUGGACACAUCCAUUAGUUAGUUUGUGCCAAUGAGUGAAAACAAAUGUGAUCAGAGUUUGCACCUCAAGUCGUGUUCUGAGCAAUUAGUAGAAUGUUAAAAAGUUGCAAAGUGCACCUGAUUUUACCCUGAGCGCUACGGCAUUGCCUUAUUCGAGGGUUUUUAUUUUCGCGUGUGGAAGAAGAGCGCCUGAGGUCACAGGCCGUUUUGAUACUACACCUGCCUGCCCGGUUAUCUGUCGUGUCUGUCCAUCUUCGCGAUUAUCUGUAUGUCUGUCCGGUUUGUUGCAGGGAAAGAAUAACAUCCCAAUGAGUGGCGUGUGUGAUUGCCCUUUGGCGAACUUUGCAUGAAUAUGUGCUCUCAUGAUUGCAACAACGUUUUUGUCGUUGUUAUUGCUGUUUAGUGCUGGUAUUUCGUGCUGAAUGUGUUUCGCAGCGUGUUUCCCGUGUUAACCGCCAUUAUCACGUCAUUUAGCCAAUGUGCUCGGGUCUUUUGUAUGGUAUUUGUAUGAUAUAAUCGCUCUCUGGGUUGGUUUCACAAAGAAAGGAACAGAGAGAAUAUAUGUUUAAUAAUGAGUGAAUUUGGGUUUUCAAAUACGGUUGUGAAAUAAAAUCGUCUAUCAAGUGCCAAGGAAGGGGUUUGUCCGGGAAGGAAGGAAUUAAAGGUUACCAAAUCUGCUUCAAAGGAUCUGAUUUUGAAUCAGCAACGUUGAACGUGCACAAUGGUUGACAUAAGCUCAAUUAUUGAGGGAACAGUUAAAUUUCGUGACGGCAAAAAGUGGAAGUCGAGAUGGUGUGUAAUGAGGAAAUUGUCACCAGUUGCAGAUUGUCUUCACUUACAACUAUAUCGAGACUCAAGGGAUCGCUACAAACAAGGACAGACGAAGGCAUCACUUUCUCUACAACAUUUUCUCGGUGUGGAAACAGGAUUCACAUUGGACAAAGAAUCGAAUACAAUUGCAAUUAUAUGUCAGGACGUUAUCGUUGUUCUGGCAUUCGAUACACGAGAAAGGCUCAUGCAGUGGCAGGUGAAAAUAUCAAAUCACUUAGGAGAUGACGUACAAUAUUUGAUCCUGGUCUCAUCUGCUCCAUCGAAAUCGAAGAUGCAAACAGGACCAUCAAGAAUGCACAUUCAGGAUCGUCGAUUCUGUCUGACUACAGGUGUUCCGCCCAAGCUCCUUGGCCUCUGGGACAUAGCUUACCUAAGACGUUACGGAGUUGUGGAUAAUCGAUUUUGUUUCGAGGGUGGCUCAAGGUGUGGCAAAGGUGAAGGACUUUACGUAUUUGUGACAGAUCAAGGAGACGAAAUUACAGAAACGCUUAAGCUUGCAUCGCAAGCGAAAUUGUCGAGCAAGAAACGUCAGGUGGCACGGAAAUUAGCAACUAUAGACAGUCCCAGGAAAGUGGUUUCACCCCGGCCAAUGGAUGUUGUUGACGAUGGCUUCUCUUGUCACAUGGAGGACUCCACUUGCACUUGUGGCUCCCGGACACCGUACUGGCCAUCACAGGAAUCUAGGGACAUGGAUUAUGGCUGUGGUGAUACGACAUCUGUUUCUGAAUGUCAUGAUAGUUUUAACGAUGGCGAAAUCUUCCCAAAAAACUCCAAAGCAAACUUAGAAAGAUGCAUGAGCUGUAUAUCAAAAUUAGGAGCACCGUCAAUGUCGCGAAGUUCGACGGCAACAGGGAAUGCAACACCAGGAGCAAAUCAUCCGCCUCUGUGGACCAUCCUAACAGAGCAAAAUAAUCAGACGAAUCUCACAGUGAAGACAAUUACAGGCGGUAUGGACCGAAUGUCGAUAUGUUCAUCACAUGGUAGCAGUGGUGGCUACGGGAGCAGCGGUGGAUCUGAAUAUUCCGUGCCCCGAAUGAAUUGCACCACUACAAGUUCUGCUUAUCCAGAUUCCUGCUAUGAAUCAAUACCCGCCUCGCAUUGCUGUAAGAGUCACCCAUCGGCCAGCCUUACUUGCCAGUGUCACACUGCACACUCAACAUCGUCAACUUUAAAAUCCAAUAAAAAUAGCGGUAAGCCACCUAAGCCACUGCCAAUAGUAAAUCCUCUUCACAUGCAUGCCAGCUGUAUAACGACUCAGCCUACAACAGCAGUAGGUCCUUAUGAAAAUUACGACGUUCCAAAAACUGCCAUUCAGUUCGAGAAUUUGCCAGCCGAUAACUACGACACUCCCAAAAAUAUUCAGGAAUAUAUCUCCGAAGACUUGAAUAGCAAUAAAACCCAAGGUCCUGACAAUUACGGGAACUAUGACACACCAGCCCAAAUAGGACAAAUGUGUGGUUGCUUGGUUAGUCAGGACCAAACACAAUCUAGAUCCUGCAUGGAAGCUCCACGAAAUGACUGCGCUUGCAACAGAGUUAUGUCCUGGGCGGACAACUGGAUUUCUCUGCCUUACUGCAGGCGAGGAAAUGGCAUAGAACACACUGGAAUGCCAAUCAAUAGAGUGAAGCUUAGCGGAGAAGGAAAGAUGCCUGUGAUGCAACCAAGUGGAGAACUUGCAAUCUAUGCUACUGUCGAUCUAUCUAAGAAAGCUAAUCGACGCUCUGACAAGAUCUGCGAAUGUUCCAAAGACGAUGAUUCCGAAACCAGUUCUUCAAAUUAUAUAAACCUUGAUCCUGGUCAUAUGUUAGCUGAUCCCAAUAGUAAAUCGAAUGAAGGAAUGCAUUCACAGGACCAAAAGACUGAAGCAGGCUCAGCGAACUAUACUAAUCUAGAUUUUGCUCAAUCCUUAGAAAACUAUGAAAACUCGAAAGAGAUGCUCCAGCGAGCUGGAAUAACUGCACAAGAAAUCGAAGAGCUCCGAAAAAAUGAGGAUGCCAACUUUUGUCAAAAGUGCGGUCAUGUAAGUGCCAAAACACCAGAAUCCAAAAUGAACACUUUAGAACGACAAAACGAUCGCAACUCAUCAAUGACUGAUGAUGCAAAACAAAAGCAACAAAAAGAGUAUCUCACUUUAGAUAUGGAAACACAAGAAACAAACACGAAAUUUCCAGGAUAUCUUCCAAUGUCUCCAGCUCCACCGAAUGCCAACAGCUCGACAGGAGCUCCACCAAUUCCAUCGAAGAGUGAGAUUAUAAAACGAAUCAUAGGCGAGAAAUCAGCAAGCAAUCCUAGUUUAAACGGCCCCACGGUAGAUAGAAGUAGAAAGAGGCAAGAUCAAAAUCGCAUCCCAGGUAGUGCUAUGAUGCUUUUGCAUCGAACAGGAAGUAGUCCAUAUAAUAGAAAACAAAUAAUGGAUAGCAGUGAUCUGCUUCCGCCAUUGGAUAAAAGAUUGCCAGUGCGGAAACGAUCAUCAUCCGCUGACUCAUCGAGAUUCCUUGAAGAUACCGAAGAAUUCGAUAGUUCCGAAACUCUUAGAAAGUCUUCCCUGACACAAAUUGACGGUCGAAGAUCAUCUUCUCCUUGCCUGCACCAAGAAACAGAGAACUUUGUAGAAGAGGUAUGCUGCACAAAGGUAGGCGAAACUGAAGACGAAUCAUCUGUUACCUCGACAUCACAAAGUCAAAAUUCACAAUCCGUUCACAUUCGCCGAUCUGCCAGUGUUCCUUGCAAAGCACAAAAUCGUGAUUCGUCAAGCUCCAAUGACUCAGGCGUGUCAACAGGAUCUCUUAAACAUCGUGUUGGCGAUUUUCAAGAUUUCGAACUUCCUCUUACCACAGCAAUGUCAGCUCGGCGUCAUCAACGACAUGUUCAACCGUUGUCAUCCUGUACUCACGCCACACUUCCACGUCGAUCGAAAUCUUUUGAUCCUCUUCGGGAGAUUUCAUUCCAAUUCCAAAAGGUUGAGGUGACCGGAAAGAGCACGUCAGCCGAAGCAGAAGUACCAAUUUGUCCUCCGAAGAGUCGUGGUUUUGCUAGUCCAUGUGAGGGUAGUUCGAUGGCUGGACCGCCGUAUAUUGAUUCAAGGAGUACGAGCAGUGGAACGUCAGAUAUGUCGGAUUAUAUUGAGACGUUAUCAUUGUCUAGUCAUAGUUCAUCUGAUGCACCUGAGAAUUUAAGACUUCUUCGACAAGCGACUGCCACACUUAGACCUCGUUCCGGCAAAGAAUACCAGAAUAUUGAUCGAUCUUUGAUAGCUCUAACGCAAAGCGGUGAUACCAUGAAGCUACACAAUAACCCACCGUCACAACUACGAGGUUUGCUCACGUGUUCUGUAAAUUAUGCCAACAUCACUCCUGUUCCAGAGAAUGCUGAAUCACCUAGUCCUGGCUACCAAAGUGGCGGAUCACCACAAGAGUCUCACGUUGAGCCAUUCGUCUUUAAGAACGAAAUCCAAUCUAAGCAAUAAACUACAGGUAAAUAUAUAUGAAACGAAAUUUACACGAAUGAAACUAGUUUAAUAAAACUUAUGUAAUUUAGAGCCAAAAUGGCAGCAAAUAUUUUUAAAAAAAAAUAUAUUAUUUUGGGUUCCUAUUGAAAGAAAUGUACCAUAUAAAUAAAAUAGGUUUUAAGGGAAAUAUGUACUACAACAGUAAAGGGUAAAGAAAUAUACACACAUACAACAAUUUAGAAACAAUUAACUUUUAAUAUACAAUUCAAUUAUACAAAACCAGAAUACCAACCGCACUCUUCAAGCUAUAAAGACAACCAACAUCACUGCAUUAGAAUCUUAUAUUAUACAUCGUAUUAUUGUACUUCCUGUUGAUAUACACGUGAAAGAUAGCCCAAUCUAUUCCAAUCGAGAAGCAUGAAGACUUGACAAUGAACACUAGAAGUAUAAACUCUAAUAAUAAAAACAACGACUUCAUAUAUGAAAAUUAACAACAAUUCCUUAAUCUUUUGUUGGAUAAAUAUGUCCAAAUAAAAAAGAAAUUAAUCCAUCUCAUUAAUUUACCCCGUUCUGAAAAUUAGGUUUCGUCGUACUUCGCUAUAUUUACAAAUUUUUCUACAACCGUAACGUAACGAAAUCAAAGUAGCGCAAAUAGAAAAGAUGAACAAACUUAGAUAAAAUUAGCAGGUACAGGUCAUUGUAGAUUCAACUUCUUUUUUACGGGAUCGAAAAAAUUGUACAUAGGAAAUGAAGUUUUAUUUUCAUUGACGUAGAAAAAAUGAUGUAAAAUUCUGACAUUUUUAAAAUUGAUUUUAGAAUAAAAACUGCAACAAAGAGAAAAGUAAAUGUAAGAUCGAAAUCCAUCGCCAAAAUGAUUUUCAUACCUUUUAAGUAUUUUAACUUUUUUCUGCAUCCGUUGAUGUAUCUUUUGGGAGAAUUGAUUAGAUUUCUUUGAAAAUUGAAGAUAACUUCACAUUACUCCAAAGUAGUAAUUGAAAGACUAAUAAAUUAAAAAUGAAAAAGGAGAACGAUUCCUUCAAGAUAUUAUUGAUAUCAUCUUAUUUCCAUUUGUAUAUAAAAUUGUAAAUAGCCGACUGGAAUAUGAUUCAGUUUCGAUUCUUUAUUUAGAGAUAUGUACAUUGAAAAUUGAAUGAAAAGUUACUUGUAACGAGACUAAUUUUUAGAGAGAAACACCAGCCUAAGUACCAUUAGAUUUAUAGACUCCCGUGCGGAACCAACCGGGAAAAUUAACAAAGUUGGCUUUUCCACCCAACAUUAAACAAAAAAAUGUUGCAAUUGACUGAACUGAACUGAGUGCAGUUAUACAAUGAGAAUCAUAAUCAAAAUAAAAAAGACAAAACCACGUCGAACAAGCAAUUUUGCUCAAUAGGAGACAAAAUUCCACGAAACAUCACAAGACAUAAAAAGAUAUAAUUUGAAAUUAUAUUAUAAACAGACUUAAUAUAUGUGUGGACGAUUGAGGCAAACUACAUUUAGGCACAGAAAUAACACUCAAAAUUUCAAUGUCCAAUAACGAAAAAAUAAUUAUGCAUUAAAUAUUCGUUUGGAUAAAAUACGAUAAAAUAAUGUGAAAAUCGAAAUUAAGCAACUACUUCAAUGACGAAAUGAAAAAAAAAUGCAUAAAUGAAAAACAUGCGAAAACUAUAUAUAUAAAAAAAUAUAUUUUAACUUUUCAAACACGUCCAUUUUUAAGUAAUGACCAGACUUUUAUAUCUAUAUUUCAAUAUUUAUGUAUGUAAUCAAUUGCUGUAAACUCAAAGUUUGGUAGUAUCUUUUCAUAUUUCCCUCCUAUUUAUUUAGUUUGUUUCGAAUGAUUUCAAUUCUAAUUACUUAUUAUUAUCUUCGUAUCUAUUUGUUUUACUAUUUCUUUUGUUUGUUUUUAUUUUGUUACUAUUUAUUAUUACUUUUCCACUGUUUAAGCAAAGAAUAUGUUUAUCCAUAUAUUUUGAAAAGAGAAAUGUUUGUGAAUUUGAUUUUGUAAAUUAUAUUGGUUUGAAUAAAUAAUAAAUGAAUAAAAAAUUAAGAAAGUGAAAUGAAAUGAUUGUAUGGAAUUUAAAAGGAAAUAAAACGGUCAUAUUGUAAUUAUAUUAACA